GAACGAUCCAAUGUCGACAAAAUUGACUUGGUCGCAAUGGUCUAAAAAGAAUGAGAUUCCUCGGAAACUACUGCAUACAUCGAUUGGUUUCAUCACGUUAGGACUUCAACGGUAUGGAUUUCAUGCUGAGCAGAUUACUCCAUAUUUGGCAUGGGGUUUUCUUCCAGCCUUUACAGGAGAUGUUAUACGAUUUCAAUGGCCGGCUUUUAGCCACCUUUAUAAUCGAGUGAUGGGACCUUUAAUGCGUGAAUCUGAAAAAAACAGUUGGAAUGGCGUUAUAUUUUAUUUGCUAGGAACAUGGAUAGUUCUAAGCUUCUUUCCAGAGGAUAUUGCAGUGAUGAGUAUUUUACUUUUGUCUUGGUGCGAUACAGCAGCUUCUAGUUUUGGUCGUAGAUAUGGAAAGUAUACUCCCAAGAUCGCUAAAAAUAAAAGCUUAGCCGGCAGCCUUGGCGCAUUUGGUUGUGGGAUUCUGGCGUCUUAUUUAUACUGGGGUAUCAUCCGGACGGGCCCCGAUAGUAUGGCAGCUCAGUCUUGGAUGUCCUUCCCAGUACUAUGUGUGGUAAACGGAUUUGUCGGUGCUGUUGCAGAAGCCAUGGACGUUUGGGGCUUAGAUGAUAAUGUGGUAAUUCCUGUUGUAUCCGGUCUGUUGUUAUAUAUAAUAAUGUGAGUCCUUUUGUCGUAUCAACGUUUUUCUUUAGAAUACUGAUCCUUGUAUGCCUAUAAAACGGCCAAAGCAAACAUUGACUGUUAACGCAUUUAUUAUUUACUUUCUUGUCCUUUUUUUUUUUUCAGAUAUCCCCUUACGUUUUCUACAUAAUAUCCGCUUUAUUCCUCAUGUUAUUUAACUUUCGUUUGAAUCUUUCCUACUAUAGUAUAGAUAUGUAAAUCGACGCAAUUAAUUAAUCUGAAAAAAAAAAGUAUAUUUAUUAUUAAAAGUCCGUUUGUAGAAUAUCUAUUUUCUCA